AGAAAAUGAAAAUGAUAUAAAAUGUUCAUUUUAACUCACGUCUUUUACACACUAUCGUCAUGAUCAAUAUUUCUACCCUUGCAGGUGUACUUUGCUUGUCGGUUUGUGUGCUCUGCUCUGCCCAGGGUUCGGAGCAAAGUUCUCAGUACCUGGAGCAGAACCCAGCCAGGAGUUUGGAGUACCUAGAGGAAAAUAACCCUGGGUAUAGUGACGAGGACGGGGUUCAAAACAAAUAUGAGAAAUAUCAUCAAAACCUAGGAUAUGUCGAGAACUCGGAAUUUGAAGAUAAUGGAGAUUCGGAUUCGUCCAAUCCAUCCCACCAUCAGGGAUAUCUAGAUACUUAUAUUCAGUUCGCAGAAAAGGAUAAAUAUAAUUCAACUUAUAGUGCCGUUAACGAUCUGACAAACCAAGAAUCUGAAAAGAGUGAAUCAAGAUUCAAAUAUCUGUUCUUUGAAAUUCUUACACCGGAAGAAUACAAUGAUGUCAUAUUUCUAGGUGAAGAUAUUUUGGAAAAAGAUGAAGAUUCAGUGGAUACAGUGGAUACUGUGAAUACAGAGGAUACAGAGGAUUUUUUUGAUACACAGGAUACACAAGAUACACAGGAUACACAGGAUACAAGGGAAAGAUGGGAUACAUAUGAUGAACCUGGGAAAGGGAAGGAGGAAGAAAGAAGAGAAGAGGAAAGAAGGAAAGAAGAAGAAGAUAAAAACGAGGGAAAUAAAGAAGGAAAAAGAAGAGCCGAUGAGAGGAAAGAGAAAAUGAAGAGUUUAUUAGCCCGGAUGUCUGAGAGAUACAAAAGUCGAACUACUGAGAAAGGAGGAAAUGAGGAGGAGGAGAAUAAAACAACAAAACUCAAAUCAAUGAUUGAAAUCCUUCAGGAUAAACUGACAAAAUAUGAGAAAUCUGAACCAACCAAAUCCAACCGCAGAAUCGACAAUGUUGACAGCUCUGGAGACAUGAACGGGUGGAAGGAGGACAGGGACCAAGACAAGUCUGGGUUUACAACUCCAAGUUCCAGAACAACACAAAGGACCAGAACAACACAGUCCUCUUUUUAUCAGACAUCAGAUUCCAAGACCCCAAUUAGAUCUGAAAACAAAAACAAAAAAGAAAACGCCAAGGAACAUAUUGAGCUCAAAUCUGCUUUAGAUCAGCUCAGCUCAAAGAUCAGCAGUAUGGGAAGUGGAAUUCACAGAAUAGAUCUGGAUGAUAUCUUCGACCUUGAUCUGAAGGAGAUCUCUGAUCCUGAUGAUGACCAAAGAAGUAGCAGCUCAUACUCUAGAACUACAGCAAUACCAGCCCAAGGGUAUGAAUCUAAUCUUCAUGAUAAGCGAAAUGCAAUUCAUCCUAAACUGACUUAUCAGCGCCCAAACUUUGAUGAUGUUCAUAGACCCUCCAUAAACUUAAAAGAACUAAUUAAAGCAGUUGAUAUCAAUGAAGGCUAUAAUCCCCCCAAAACAGAUAUAAAAAGUCUUCCUGCUAUCCCUCGCUAUCAAGGUGAAAAUAAUUACCGACCCAAGUAUCAGUCAAAGGUGUCCAGCAUAUGCCCAAGUAUUCUCUCGAGACCUGAACAUGAAUGUUACAAUGCACCCCCAUCGGAAUGUUACAAUGAUGGCUAUGAGGAUGACAAAUGUCCCUAUGGAACGGUUUGCUGUUUUGAUGGGUGUAUUAAUUUGUGUUGGAGUCCUCCAAAACCUUCACCUCCCCCUCUUCCUUCAUAUUCACCACAUCCAGGAUUUGAACCUCCAACCCUUCCUCCAUCUCCUCCUCCACCUACAGGUACAGCCACAAUUCUUCAAUAUACCACAACCUACAAACCAGAGGAGACUCUGUUUUAUUCCCCCUCACCACCUGAUUUCAGACCUAAAAUCGGUCCUCCUCCAGUUUUUGAUGGGCCAGAGGGUCCUCAACCAAGUGACUAUCAUCUUGAAUCAAAGCCUCUUGUUCCCCCAAAGUACCCUUCGAAGCCAGAACCUGCCAGACUAGGGCCAUAUAUUCCAUCAAACACAUAUAGGACUACAUCUCCACCAUCAAAAAGCACCGCAAGGCCUCCAAUACAGUAUAAACCCCCUGAAAAUCAUUACUCUCCACCUCUAGAAAACAGUGAUUCAUAUCCACAUUCUAUUAAUUCAAAAAGCAAAAUCCCCGAGGCCAAAGCACUCAAUACAGCAUUUCUUCCUCCUAGCCAAAACUAUAGAGAGCCCAGCAUCAGGUUUGAAAAAAAGCCUGAGUCUGAAAGCCUUCCUUCACACCCAAGUAGUUAUAUCCCUCAGCCUGACUAUCUCCCUCCUAAAGAGGACAAAUCAUUAGAUGCUUUUCCCCACAAAAUAAACUCCUAUCAACCACCUGAAAAAGACUAUUUACCACCCACUCAGUCACCGAAGAUAGCAUUUCCAACAUAUCUCCCGCCUAGAAAGGAGUAUUAUCCCCCAGACCUGGAAUAUUCAAGAUAUAGACCCCCCGAGAAAGAGUACCUUCCACCUUCAAAAGUAAGCAAUUUAUACCAACCUCCUUCUAUUGGUUAUAUUCCACCAGUGAAAAUAUCCCUGGAUACAGUUCAUAAGGGAACCCCAACUCCUGAAACACAUCCUGCAUCUCACAUGUUAACAUCUUUAAAACCACCAGAGAAAGAAUAUCUUCCACCUCAUUCUCAAGUGGAACAAAUACAUCCACAUUCCACAGACUAUCUUCCUCCACCAGGGUACAGCACAUUGCAACCUCCCAAACUGGAUUAUUUACCACCACAAUAUGUUAGUACUAUGCAGCCACCGAAUCAUGACUACUUACCACCAGAUCAUGCAAAUAUGAAGCCUCCAAGUUUCGAGUAUAUCCCACCUUACAAAGAAGAUCAUGUAUCCACUACAAUGACUCCACCUGAAAUUAAACACUCAGUUCCUAAAUAUGAUCACCUCAAAUUGCCAACUAAGGAAUAUCUACCUCCGCCAAGAGUGUUAACAAUGCAUCCACCCUCAGCAGAAUACCAACAGCCUCACUUCAUGUCAACAACUAUUGAACCACCAAGCAAAGCAUAUUUGCCCCCUGAGAAGCAAUCACCUGGUAAAGACUACAGUGGACAUCAGAUGUCAACUCUAGCUCCUCCCAGCAAAGACUAUCUUCCUCCUGCAAGACCAUCACCUACGCCAUAUAAAGCAAUAAGUUAUGAGCCACCAUCAAAAGAGUAUUUACCUCCUGUUAAGGCCAACCAUAAUGAUCAUGAAGUUAACUUUCAACCUCCCAAUAAACAAUACCUUCCUCCAAAGCAGAUGACACACAUGGAACCUCCAAUGUAUGACUACACACUAUGUCCUCAUUUUGAGUCAAAGGAAAAGGACCAAUGCCAUAAUAUAAAACAUGAGUGUUGGAGUGUUGGGGUCCCGGAUGAAGAUUGUCCUUACAAUGGAAUCUGUUGUUUUGAUGGUUGCAAUAAUGUUUGCUUAAACCCUGAAGGUCAUCAAAUACCAAGUCAUUAUGCUCAUAAAGUUCCAGGACAUGAAUAUGUUCCUAGUCCUAGAACUUUAGUUCAGGGAGCUGACUUUCAUCAAAGAACUUUAAAUACACAUAAUCUUGCACCCAUGCAUGAAAUGGAGAAGGUGUAUCAUUUGGUUGAGUUGCAGGAAGAUAUUAAAUCACCAAGAACAUAUUCCAAUGAACGUUCUAAAGAAGGGAGAAAGAUUGAUCACUUCUCUCCACCUAAUUUAGAAUACUUACCCCCUCACAAAACCAAUUCUAAUCAUGUCCUGGACCACAUAUCUCCACCAACUCAGGGAUAUAUUCCUCCUGUAAAUGAAAAAGUGUCAAAAUAUUCACCACCUCCAGGCAACUAUCUUCCUCCUCUAGCAGGCUAUACAUAUGAUGAUGAAAGUGAGAGCUAUCAUUCACCAUCCUCAGAAGGCUACAUUCCUCCACAAAAGAACCAUCAUAAGGAAAAGCUUAUUCAUUAUUCACCACCAUCAGAAGCCUACCUCUCUCCUCAAAAAAAUCACCAUGAGGAAAAACUAAUUCAUUAUUCACCACCCUCCGAAGGUAACAUUCCUCCACAAAAGAACCAUCAUGAGGAAAAACUAAUUCAUUAUUCACCACCCUCAGAAGGUUACAUUCCUCCACAUCAAAAUCAUCAUGAGGAAAAGCUUAUUCAUUACUCACUGCCGUCAGAUGGCUACCUCCCUCCUCAAAAGAAUGAUCAUAAGGAUAAAAUGAUUCAUUAUUCACCACCUUCAGAAGGCUACAUUCCUCCACAUCAGAACCAUCAUGAAGAAAAGCUUAUUCAUUAUUCACCACCAUCCGAAGGCUACCUGCCUCCUCAAAAGAGUCACUUUGAGGAAAAGUUAAUUCAUUAUUCACCACCUUCAGAAGGCUACAUUCCUCCACAUUCAGAUCAUCAUGAGGAAAAGCUUAUUCAUUAUUCACCACCAUCAGAAAGCUACCUCCCUCCUCAAAAGAGUCAAAGUGAGGAAAAGCUAAUUCAUUAUUCACCACCUUCAGAAGGCUACAUUCCUCCACAAAAGAGUCAAAAUGAGGAAAAGCUAAUUCAUUAUUCACCACCAUCAGAAAGCUACCUCCCUCCUCCAAAGAGUCAAAAUGAGGAAAAGCUAAUUCAUUAUUCACCACCUUCAGAAGGAUAUAUUCCUCCGCAAAAGAAUCACCAUGAGGAAAGGCUAAUUCAUUAUUCACCACCUUCAGAAGGAUAUAUUCCUCCACAAAAGAAUAACCAUGAGGAAAAGCUUAUUCAUUAUUCACCACCUUCAGAAGGUUAUAUACCUCCUAAAGAGAAUUACCAAGAGGAAAAGCUAAUUCAUUAUUCACCCCCUUCAGAAGGCUACUUUCCUUCUCAUAAAAAUCCUCAUGAAACUCACAUGAAUAAGAAUCAUGAUUUAGAACCUGAAAGUUAUCAUACUCCUGAAAAAGAUGCAAAAUUAAUUCACUAUUCUCUUCCUUCUGUAAGCUAUAAAGUUCCAACUAAAACUCAUUCAAAGAUGAAGUUGUCCCCGCCAACUGAGUCUUACCUGCCUCCUCCCAAGCAUGCUAAUCCUGAAGAUGAGCAAUUGACCAAAUUGUCUCUUCCUGAGACAAGUUAUCUUACCCAUGAAAAAGGAUUAAAGGAUGAACACUUUCAGCACCUUUCUGCUCCUCACAAAAACUAUCUUCCGCCACCUAUAGAUGAUUAUAUUCUUCAAGAAGUUGAAAAGAGUAAAGGAAUUUCCUUUUCAAAUUCUGAAAAUAAGCAAAAUGUUAAUGGAUUUGAGCCACCAAAAUAUAACUAUCUUCCCCCUGAAAAAAAUGACCCUUCAAGAGAACAAACAAUUCCAAAGAUUAAAGUGACUCACAAUAAUCAUGCAACUUCAACAGAUAGAACAGGAGAAAAAGGGGCUCACCAUCUAGAAAGUCCAGGGGAGCUUUUUAGAGAAGACCUGAAUAGCGAAGCAGGAUACCCCCUGCAUAGAGAAGGAUACUUUAAUUAUAAUAAACACUACAAUGCUCUGUCAGGACUUGUUCCGCAUUCUAUCAAUAUUCAAAUUAAUAUUCCACCUGCUGAAAAGAGACACAGUGAGAAUAAAGUGACUGAAGAAAAAGAAACACAUGAAUAUGUUUCUCAUUUGAAGAAACCUGAAUAUAACUCUAUAGUGGAAAAAUCUCAAAUCAGCUAUAAUGAGCCACCCAAACUUCCAGAGUACAGCAAGAGUGAAUCACCCUUGUUACCAAAUUACCAGCAUACCUCACCAAAUCCACUUCCGAACUACAAACCACAUAAAGGCUUUAAGCCCCCUCAUGCAGACUACAUACCACCCCCUAACCUUCUACCUAACCAUGGACCCUCUAAGGAUGGAAUCAACCCAAGUUUACUACCUCAUCAUGGGCCUCCCUCAGAAAAAUACUUGCCUCCAAUAGACAACCUUAUUAGUACAACCUACAGGCCUCCAAUUGAUGACUAUAUUCCACCACUUCCACAUCCUCUUCCAGCACACGCUACUUAUCUACCCCCAAAUUCAGAUUAUAAACCUCCUCAUCCUAGCUACAAACCUCCAACAAAAGAUUAUAUUCCUCCACAUUCUAAACCAUCUCAAACUCCCGCUGGAUAUUCUCCACCAAACAAGGAAUAUCUUCCUCCUAAUCCUAAUUAUUCCAGUCCAGAUCAUCCUGACCUUCAUCAUUCCCCACCCAGUAACAAUCUUCAAAGCUAUGCUCCUCCUCAUGCUGACUAUCUUCCACCUCAUGCAAACUAUCUACCUCCACAUGCAGAUUAUCUCCCACCACAUGAAAGUCAUGAAGAGCAUAAACAUAUAUCAGGAUAUUCACCGCCAAAUAAAGAAUAUCUUCCACCUAAGCUUCCUGGUUACAAUGGGGAACACCCUCCUGCUGGAUUAUCAGAUUACAAUGAAGGAAUUCCUGCUCCUAAGUUACCUAAUAACUACAUACCUCCUACUGAAAGUUAUCAUGCUCCAAAGGGCUUAGAUUCUACCUACAAAACUCCUACAAAAGAGUACAUCCCUCCCAACCAUCAUGAUUCUAAAGACCAACAUCAUUCUAACCAUCACUUAAGUGAGUAUGCUCAACAUAAUCCUAGCUAUGAUCAUAUACACCCCCCUAAUAAAGAAUAUCUUCCUCCACACAAGCCUACCUAUGAUCAUAUACAUCCCCCUAAUAAAGAAUAUCUUCCUCCACAGAAGCCAAGCUAUGAUCAUAUACAUCCCCCUAAUAAAGAAUAUCUUCCUCCAAAGAAGCCAAGCUAUGAUCAUAUACAUCAUCCUAAUAAAGAAUAUCUUCCUCCACUCAAGCCUAGCUAUGAUCAUAUACAUCCUCCCAAUAAAGAAUAUCUUCCCCCACCAGAGUAUAUUCCAGCCAUAGAGGAAGAAAUAUCCAGUCUGGAACCACCAACUUUAGAUUAUCUUCCACCUCCUUCUAGAGGACCACAGUUUUCAUCAGACCUUUCCUAUGUUGCCCCACCUCCAAGAAACAAGAAUGCUGAUAUACUGAAUAGUCACAUUGUACCCCCUAAUGAAGAUUUAACAGAUACUUAUAUUCCACCAAAGACAAAGAAUGAUGUUCCUAAAAAUUUCCUACGCCCUGAAGAUAUUCCAUCUAUUGAUGAUCCAGAACUUAUAGAUAUACUUGAUUCUGAAUUGAAAGCUACAAUAGAGGAGUUAGAACUAGAUGAAGCUUUUUUUGGACUUGCUAAGCUGAGAGAUGGAACUCAUGAUGAGGAAUCAAAUGAUAAUCAAAAGUCAAGGUCGGAGAAUUUAAAGCGCCUGGAAAGAUUACAGAUUAGACCCGGAGAAAUACCUUUACCUCCUAUGCCCACAGUUCCCCCUCAACCAGCUGCAUUUGUUCCCAUCAUUGAGAAACUUAGCCCGGAACUAUUGGCUCAGCUACGGUCUAGUCAGACUGGGUCUGGUGGAAAACCUGGUUUUAUUCCUGGAAAGGCUGGGGUGGAUUAUCCUGACUUUAAGAGUAUUCCAGCCACAGAUUUUACUUGUGAAAAUUUCCUGCUACCUGGUUUUUAUGCAGAUACUUUUACUUCUUGUCAGGUAAAGAUUAAUUUCCAAGCAAAGCUGGGUUUCCAAGCUAGUACUAAAUAG